GAAAGAGAGAAACUUUUCCAUCAGUUUUUUUUUCAUAAAGGAUUCGAAAUACCAUAUCCAGUAUGGAAAAAAGCGGCAGCGCCCUCAGGAGUAUCCGAUCAGGGCAUGGCGGGGUGAAUCAGCUCGGAGGAGUCUUUGUGAACGGCCGUCCUCUCCCCGAUGUUGUCCGGCAGCGAAUCGUAGAACUGGCCCACCAAGGAGUGAGACCUUGCGAUAUCUCCAGACAGCUCAGAGUGAGCCACGGCUGCGUUAGCAAGAUUCUGGGCAGGUACUAUGAAACUGGAAGUAUAAAGCCGGGAGUCAUUGGAGGAUCUAAGCCAAAGGUCGCUACACCCAAAGUGGUAGAUAAAAUCGCCGACUACAAGCGUCAAAAUCCCACCAUGUUUGCCUGGGAGAUCCGAGACAGACUGUUGGCAGAACGAGUCUGUGACAAUGAUACGGUGCCCAGUGUCAGUUCUAUUAACAGGAUUAUCCGAACAAAGGUACAGCAGCCUCCGAAUCAACAAUCGCCAGUCUCCUCUCAUACUAUAGGUAACUCUGUGCCUGUGACUCCAGUUCCAUCUGCUGCCACAGAUUCAGCAGGAUCUUCAUACUCCAUCAGUGGAAUUCUGGGAAUCACACCAUCUAAUAAUGAGAAUAACAAGAGAAAACGCAAUGAAGGUGCUCAGGAAAAUCCAAUGCACAAUGGACACUCCCACCCGAGCAGGGAUUUUCUGCGGAAGCAGAUGCGUGGCGAACUCUUCACACAGCAGCAGCUAGAAGUGUUAGACAGAGUCUUUGAAAGACAGCACUACUCAGAUAUCUUCACAACUACAGAGCAGAUCAAAUCCGAGCAGAGCAGUAAGAAUACAGAGUAUUCCACCAUGGCAUCACUAGCUGGAGGACUGGAAGAUAUGAAGUCGAGUCUAGCAAAUCCAGCUGACAUAGGGGCCAGUGCUCCAGGACCACAAUCUUACCCAAUUAUUACAGGUCGUGAUUUGGCCAGUACGACUCUUCCUGGUUAUCCUCCACACGUGCCCCCCGCUGCACAGAGCACUUACCCACCCCCAGCACUGACAGGAAUGGUGCCUGGAGGUGAUUUUUCUGGGAGCCCAUAUUCCCAUCCGCAAUAUACAACUUAUAACGACUCCUGGAGAUUUCCCAAUGCUGGAUUAUUAAGUUCCCCUUAUUAUUACAGCACCGCAGCCCGUGGGUCAGCACCAGCUGCUGCCACUGCAGCCUACGAUCGCCACUAGCCGGGGAGGGGAGGCACAGACUGCAGGUAGUGAAGAAAUUGUGCACUUACAACACAUAUCAAUCAGGUCUGAGACAACAGGAAAUGUGUGAUGCUGAGAAGGUCAGAUGUGAACUUCCUGCAGGAUAAUCAAACUCCCUCUUGGAAUGACUGCUGCCAAACGCUUGCUGUUUUACUGCAGAGCAACGGAAACUGCUGACCUUGGACCCAACCUGAUAAUUAGCCAGGCAACCGACAGAGUCCAUCCACUUAUUAUUGAAGAAAGGCU